AUGUGGGGCUCCUCCCAUCGAGAUGGAGAUGGAGAAAGAGAUGACGACCUGAACCCCAGUGACGAAGCAAUAGCAGCAGCAGCAGCAGCUGCUGCUGCUGCUGUUGCUGCUGCUGCCGACUCCGACAGCGACCGUUUAGACAGUGGAGAUGUUUUGUUUGAUGCGGAUGCAGAGAGCGACGAAGAGAUCGACGGUCUUCCGUUGGGCGGCGCCUUUGAGAUGCAUCCGCGGGUGGUAGGGAGGUCAGCAGACACAGCAGCAGCAACAGCAGCUGCUGCUGCUGCUCCCCAUGAGCAGCAGCAGUUAGCUUCAGGGGGGGCCCUGGGCUGGAUGCGGCGGUUGCUGCGGCUGCCGCUCCCCCAGCAGCAGCAGCAGCAGCAGCAGCUACCGGUAAGGAGACGCAGGCGGAGGUAUGAAGCAGUGGUUGGCGAAGGAGUGCAUGCAGAAGACAUUGAUGCAGUUGCUGAGCUUGAGGAGCAAGGGCAGCAGCAGCAGCAGCAGCAGCAGCAGCAGCAGCAGCGGCCGCAUGGUGUGUCUCCCCGGCGCAGAGACAGCAGCAGCAGCAGCAGCAGCAGCAGCAACGCCGAGCGCGCCGUCACUGCUGCUGCACCUGCAGCUGCUGCACCUGCUGCUGCUGCACCUGCAGCUCCUGCACCUGCUGCUGGGGGUAUAGUUGCUGCUAUCCGUCGUGCUCAGGCGAUGCUGCAGGAGAGCCGCACGAGAGGAGGAGGAGCAGCAGCAGCACCUGCAGCAGCAGCAGCAACUGCAGCAGCAAAUACCGCACAGCAACCCCCAGCAGCAGCAGCAGCAGCAGAAAAUGCUGCUCAAGACAGCAGCAGCAAUGAGGGCCCCCUACGUCGCUUUUUUCGUCGUGUGCGUAGCCGGUUGAGAGGUUCUGAGGCAUCAGACGCUCCUGAAGGAGCAGCAGCAGCAGCAGCAGCAGCGGAGGCAGCAGCAGCAGCAGCAGCAGCAGCAGAAGAGGAGGACGAGGACGCAGAGCCUCUAGACGACCCCACAUAUGCUGCUCAUUGUGCUGCUGUUGCUGCUUCUGAUGCUGCUGCUGCUGAUUGCCCUGCUGCUGCUGUUGUUGCUGCUGCUGCUGCUUGA